AUGGUUGUGACUUAUCUACCAGAAUUUACAAUUAUGAGUCCAGUGGAAAGUGUACCUGUUGCAGUAUUAAACUGUAUUGAUGAUUAUGUGGAAUUAUUGUAUGAUGAUAUACCAGAAAAAAUAAAAGGAUCUGCACUUAUUCUGCAACUAGCAAGAAAUCCAGAUAACCUCAUUGAAUUAGCUAGAAAUGAGGCUUUACUCAGCGCACUGUCAAGAGUAUUAAGGGAAGAAUGGAAGAGAAGUAUUGAAUUGAGUACCAAUAUUGUUUACACAUUCUUCUGUUUUUCUACAUAUAUAGAGUUUCACACUGUUAUAAUACAAUAUAAAAUAGGUUCAUUGUGUAUGGAUGUAAUUGACUAUGAGCUUAAACGAUAUGACCAAUGGAAGGAAAGAGUUGAAGGGAAAAAACAACUGCUAACACCUGAUAAGAGUGAACUACCAAAGAGCCGAAUACCAGAGCCUAAGCGCCGCCCAAAAUCAGGCACAUGGGCUGUUGCUGAUGUAAAUUUACAAAAGUCACGUUCACUAGUAUCCAGUUAUCAUGAGGAUUUGUGUAAUGCUUCAGAUGAAUACCUUUCUAAAAAUGAUGAAGAACAAAUGAAACGAAAAUUAAAGACUCUGUCCAAGAGACAAGAACAACUUCUUAGAGUUGCAUUUUACAUGUUACUUAAUAUAGCCGAUAAUAUCAAAGUUGAAGAGAAAAUGCACAAAAAGGACAUUGUAGGAUUACUCAUUGGUGCAAUGGAGAGACAUUCAAAUAUUGAUCUUCUAAUUCUCAUUGUUUCAUUCCUUCAAAAGCUGUCCAUUUUUGUAGAAAAUAAAAAUGCAAUGGCUUCUAAAGGAAUUAUUGAGAAAUUAGGUCCUUUACUGGAUUCUCCUAAUGCAGAUUUAGUCAAUGUUACUUUAAAGCUUCUCUUUAACUUAACAUUUGACACGAAGCUACGAAACAAAAUGAUUAAGAUUAACCUGUUGCCCAAAUUCAUACAAUUUACGAGUGACGACAGACAUAUUAAUUUAGCAAUGAAAAUUCUUUACCAUUUAAGUAUGGAUGACCGUGUUAAACUAAUGUUUACGCAAUCUGAUUGUGUUAAAUUGCUGACGGACAUGCUGCUGCUGAACGUGAACAGCGAGUGCAGCAUGGAGGGCUCGCCGGGCACCACGGACGUGCUGCUCGCCCUGUGCGUGAACCUCGCGUGGAACGAGCGCGCCGCCCAGCAGAUGGCGGCGGAGGGGCGCCUGCGCGAGCUGCUCGCUAGGGGCUUCAGGCACAGGAACGCGAUGCUCGUGAAGCUCGUGCGCAACCUCUCCCACCACCCGCAGACGAAGCCCCUGUUUGUGGAGUUUGUCGGAGACAUAGCUGGGGCGGUGACGAGCGGAGAAGCUCCUGAAGAGUUCGUAAUUGAAUGUCUCGGCACUUUAAGCAAUAUUCUCUGUCUGAGCAAUAAUAUAGACAUUUACGCAGUCGUCGAGAGAUACAAUUUAAUACCCUGCAUUAUGGAGAUUUUAGACCCAGAGAACAACAAGGACCCGGAGCUGGUGCUGGAGGGCGUGGUGGCGGCGGGCGCGCUGGCGGCCGAGGAGCGCGCCGCCUCCGCGCUGGUGGCGGCCGGCGGGGGCGAGGCGCUGGUGGCCCUGCUGCGCCUGCGGCAGGCCGACGACGAGCACGUGCUGCAGACGGUGUUCGCCUUCCGGCAGCUGCUCUCGCACCCGCGCGCCGCAGAACACCUCGUCGCGCACACGGAGGCUCCAGCAUACCUCAUUGACUUAAUGCAGGAUAAGAAUGUGGAAAUAAGAAAAAUGUGCGAUGCAUGCUUAGAUAUAAUAUCGCAAAUGGAGAACGAGUGGGCGGCGAGGAUUAAGGUGGAGCGCUUCCGCUGCCACAACGGGCAGUGGCUGUCGGUCGUCGAGACGCUCGGCUGCGAGAGCGGCGCCGGUGACGCCGACGAGCUACCGCCCUACCUCUCCGCCGACUACCUCACCACGCACCGCCUCACUACCGCCGAUUCCCAAACUUCUCUAAAUGACGAUUCCGAUAGCUUUUCUGGAGACGCAGAUUUUAAUCGUGUGAACAGCAGAAAUACUUCAGACGGUCAAACAGAUGAAAUGUACGGAACUAUGGAUUCACUUUUUGACAAACCAUUAGAAAAUAGUAUGCUAUCGUCAAGUGAACUUAAAUCUUUCGGU